CGGCCCAAAAUAUCACGCAGCAAACAAGCCAAAACGUUUCUGUGGAAGCUGUGUAACUCCUGUGAAUGAACGAUACAGUGGCAGUCAGGUCGCGCGGUGUGCUCCUCUGUGGUGCAAGGGGAGAAUCAGCAGCUGCUACGGUGAGGGGGGGUGCUGCGGGUCCUAGGGGGGUGAAAGCGUCGCGGGUGCUAAACGGACACGGUGUUGAACACGCAUUCGAGAAAAGUUUUCGCGCAAAAGGACUCGGCUUCUCACCGUUUUGAUGUGGCCUUUUCGCUAUCCAUAUUUUUUCGCGACCUACCGUUAAGACCAUGUGUUCUGCGUGCGUUUGUGAGCUGCCAGACAGCUGGCAGCUUGAUCGGUCUGGCAGCUCGUGGCCGGUCGGUGCCUCGUACUCGACGGUUUUUCUUGAGUGUGGAAAGUGGACCCAUCGUGUGUGCGACGAUCUGUACGUUCAAAUCGUGUAGCCUUUUUCUGUAUUUUUGCUCUGUUACUGGCGGCGGCUAAGUUUUUGUUGCGCUUCGUUCCAGGCCUGCGAGAGAGGGUCCGCGAUUAUUGCUGGGCAGCGUCUCAUUGGCAGCAUCGCGGAACCGGGUCCUUUGGAGCAGCCGCUCCUCGCCGCGGCUGCUGUCUGUGUGCACUGCUUUUUUGCCAACUGGCGGAGUCCUCCUCAAUGACUCCGUGCCUUUCUCCGAUUUCUUCGCGUCCUUCCUCUGAUCCAGCGGGUCGUCCUGAACGCGUGCCGACGAGCGCCCCAUACAAAUCGUCAUCACCCUGUCUGUCCGUCCCACUCUUCUUCACGCAUGCUAGUGUCUAAAUACCUGGCAAGCUCGAUGCUCGGAAAUCUCCCCAGCAGAAGCAUUUCGAAGCAUGCUGAAGAGACCAGGAAAGCGGCCGCUCAAAACUCUAACGGACGACGCACGACUCAGCCGCUAGGCGCCUCAGAAACCAAUCCGACACCCUCGACUGACAACUCAGGUCAGGUGGAAAGCUGUGAACCCUUUGACCUCCGUGCAAACCCGCCGGAUGUCUCCACGGAGGUCUCUCCACAGCAGAUGACUUUAUCCACAACUUGCGACCAGGCUCCGCCAGAAGGUGGCGCGCCGGAGGAGGGAUUUCUUCGGUCAACACCUUGUGACGGGGGCAGAACGCGGCGCUCGAUCGAUGGCGAUUUAACUGACUUGACAGCUGAAGAAACUUUCGAAAACCAGGUGUGCAUUCGUAAGCUACCACCGCACCAAGAGCUCGCUACCGUAGAGGCGGACUUCAGUGCCUUGAAUCUCCUCGCGUCGUCUCAGCUGUCUCCCAUUCCAUCGGUAGCUUUCCUCGAUUUGUUUCAAAAAGAAGGCAACCAACCUGCCGUGAACAGCGAUUGCUACGAACUUGGAACCGAAACGAACUGCGCCCAUCCACACACUUGUGCUGGUGCGGCGACGUCAGAUAAAAGAAAGCUUGCACUUCACUGCUUCUCGGACAAGACAAGUCUUCUCUGCGGGUCCGAUCUCCGCUUGGAAAAAGCCAAAGCUGCUCUGCAGCUCCCCAUGGCAACUGCGUGCCUCGGAGCGGGUCGAGUGUGUCCACCCUCGCGGGAUCAUGAGUCGACUGGGCAAAUGGAGGCCGCCUCUCGACCUGCCAGCGGCCCUCAGUGCUUCACUGCUGCCGGGACAGAAGGAAAUCGUUUCCAAAAAGAACUGUCACCCGCCGAAGGCUGCAACAAUGCAGCAUGCAUUCGCGGGGUAUCUAUGGGACAACGCGAAAACGAACAAGGACCAAAUAGCAACCCUGGAGAGUGCCUACAGUCCAACAAGCCCCCGUGUAGCGCCGCACCAGAUAGCUCCUCUGAAACCUGUACACUUGAAGGGGACGUACGAACAGGUCACACGGGCGUCUGUACGCCAGACGUAUCGGGGAAAGAAGGCGACGAUGGAAGUCCGCCUGAGUGGCCGUUGCAUGUGCAAGCGGACACGGGGGACUUCCCUGGGGCUGAAGGCGAGUCUAGCGGAACUCACCCGUUGAUGGGCGCUUCAGUUCUCGCAGACGAGUUAACCGGUUUGAAUGAUGUUUCCGGUCACGUGGACGGCCCGUGUCUCUCCUCUCCUUUGGCUCCGCGUUCGGAUUCUCCGGUGGAAGAAGCGUUGAGACUGCCAAGCCGGGACCGGUCGCCGUUCCCCACAGUCUCAACUUCGUUUUCAUCCUUCGAGAAACUUCCAUCCCUCACAGGUUCGUCUCAACCAGAUGGAAGAGAUGCCGUAGGUCUCGACGGAUUCCGGAUUUCAAACGAGACCAGAGAGGAUGCAUGCAGACUGUUGAACUACGACGAGAAUACUCGUCACCCCCCGGCUACAGACCCGCCUAGCGGGUCAUCCUUCUGGUCAUUGGGGUCACCUCAGGCGUCUCGCCGCUCCACACCUGUCUCGGGCGCGUCCACCCCCCAGGCCCGGUCCAUGAGUUCGUCCGCGUCACCGGUGCUGGUGUCACCGCUUUACGGCGCAGCGGCCUCGCCACUCCUGACUGCGAGCUCGGCGCCCGUAUCUUCGUGGGCGCUCGCGUCGGUGCGCCUGCCGCCCCCCCUGGCUUCCUUUGCUUCCUUUUCGCGACUCCGAAACUCUGCGUCUCGCGCGCAUGCAGAGACCGGACACGCCUGUCUUCCGGCCCCUCCCGUGCCUCCUACACAUUCCGAGGAGCGCAUGAGUGAAGACUCUGUGUAUUCGACAUCUUCUGUGUCGUCAACAUCUUCGUCGGUCUCGUCUGCGUCAACGUCUGUCUUGUCUACGUCGUCGUCUGUCUCGUUUACAUCUUCCUCUGUCUCGUCCACAUCGUCGUGUACGUCUUGUGUCUCCUCGCCGCCCUCAGAAGCUUCAUGCGGGAAUUCGAUUUCGACGGCGCCUUCUUCAGUUGUGGCGCGACCGCAUCGUUGCACGCAUCAGCGGCCGAAGGGCUCAGUCGCGGUUCCGGCCUGCUCGCCGUAUUCCGAAGAUCGUCGUGAAGAGUUGAAGACUUCAACUUCGAGGCCUUCCCACGACCCUCCUCCAAGCCUUCUUCCUGAAGCCGCUUCGGAGCUGGACCAUGGGAAGCCGUCAGAGUCUCUCUGCCUGGGGACGACAGCUUCUUCGAUUCUCUCGUCACCGAACUUCUUCAAGGCACCUGGCGCUUCUCUGCUGUCCCUUCGCGGACCCUCUUCCUUCUUCGGUCACACGCUCGCCGGGGCCUCCUUCAACGCUACCUCUGACGCCACGACUGCCUCAGCAUGCGCCCCGCAGAGCCUGGCGAUGAGCCUGGACGCGUUGGAGAAGCGGCCGAGCCUCGAGGCGCGUGCCGGUGGCCGCGCCUCUAUCGCCGGGAAUUCAAACGACCCACUGCAACCGAAGCCGACAGGCUCCUCGCUUUUCAGGCGAGUUCGCUCGCUGAAGCAGCUUCAGCAAGACGUCACGGUGGUGUUCUCCACGUGGACCCACACGCUGGCGAACUGGGCGGCGCCCUGGGGGGCCGGCCCGGAGGAGGGCGGCUCUGUGAAGGCUGGGGAGCGCGCGGUGGUUCUGGGGCGGCUGUUCUGGGUUUGUGAGGAAGUGGAUCACGCCGAGGAGGCUUGCGACAGAGUCUGGAAGGAAUGCGAGAGGAAAUCCGGCCUCCCCAACUCCCCCAACAAGGCCCUCACUUGGCUAGGGAGGCGCGCCCAGCGUCGCGGCGGAGCCACCGGCGGGGGGAGUCCGACCGCGUUGGGCUCCACGGGAACGCCGAUCUGGAACGGGACGGGGCCGCGAAGCGGCGCGUUGCCACCUCGACGAAACUCUGCAUGCGCGCCAAGCGCGGCCGCGAGCAAGGACCGCGACGGCGGGUGGAGAAGGACCUCGGCGGCUCUCUCGGGGCUAUUGGGUGGCGGCGGCCGCCGAGGCGAGGCGACAGAAUCCGCCAUCGCUGGGCUUCACGCCUCGGAGUCGGGCGCGUCCGAGUUUGCACACUCCAGCGGCCCCUGUGUGGGGGCUCAGUACGCCGCAUGUUCUGCUGAGAAACUGCAUGCGCUGCAGGAGCCAGAUGAUGAGCCAGACACUUCGCUGACAGCGCUGAGUAUGGAUCGACUGGGGGUCGCCGUCGCGGGACGCAGCAACAAGCGGCGCCGCCUCUUCAGGCUGCCGAUCUCGCUUCCUGGAGGGGACCCAUGGCCCGCGGGGCGCGUCGGGUGUGUCUCCUCAGACGCGGCAGAAGUUCAGCACAAACUCGCGGAGACAGUGAGGGCAAUCGCCCGCUUCACGUACAGGAGUGGCUUCGCCCCCAUGUACAAAUGCUGUGGGGAGAAGAAGCGGCGUGUCGGCCCCGGUUUUGAAAGGGAGUGGAUUGCCAUUAACAGCGACGUCGGCUGGGGCUGUACCGUCCGCGCGGCGCAAAUGCUUCUCAUGCAGGCCCUGCGGAGACACUUUCUUGCAGACGACGAAGGCGAACUGGAGACGGGCAAAAGAGGGAGCCGAGUCAAGGACGAGGGGGAGGCGAAGGCGAUGAUUCUCAGGAGAUUCGCUGAAGCUGGGCAGGCGACGGAGACACAGCGCGAAACUGGCAGCGCGGGAGAACAUGGGCGCGAACGAGACACGGAAGGCGACAAACGGGGAGGACGAGGGAGUUCUCGGAAGGUGUCUAGAGGCGUCCAGGCAGCGGAGGCGAUUGACGAAGAGGGAGGAAAAAAGAACACAGGCGAAGGCUUGCGUUGUAUCCGUGAGGAGUGUAUGGGGAGACGCUCUAGAAAAACGGGAGGUGAGGACACGGUGUCUUCCAGUGCUGCGCGUUGUGAAGAACAGAUGAAGUCGCUUUCGUCUUUUCGUGGAGAUUCGAGAUUCAGCGAACCCCAGGAAACUGGCACGUGGAUCUCUUGUGACUGCGGCGCAGCACCGCCCCUAGGGUCCCUAAAAAACCGUUUGGAGAACAUCCACUUGGACAAUUCCUGCAACGCCGCCGGGACUGACGAUUCGCUGCCCAAUCGGUGCCGGUGCAUGCACACGGCGUCGGGGCAUCUUCCUAGGGGAAGACGCCUCUCAACGACCCGCGAAACUCUGCCGUCAUCCGACGAGGUUUUCGCGUCGUUGUCUUCGCCUCCUCAGAGUCGUCAAACGCUUGAUCUCUCUCGCGAGGGAGACUCUUCUCACACGAGAGAGGACGCAAGGACUUCACCUCAGAGGCACUCCGCUUCACCGUCUGUGAUGCCCCGCAAGCCUGCGCCGCACGCGAGUGGCGAAGCCCGUUCGACAUCGCCGUCUGUGCAAGAACGCCCCCGCGAAAUGGAGGAUCUUUUGCAAUGGUUUCUGGACGUUCCGUCGCCCCCAGGGCAGUACCCGUUCUCGAUUUUCUCCUUCAUCCGAGCUGCAGGCGGCGGCAUCGGCUGGGCUCGUCAGCUGUACGGAGAGCUCCCGCUCGAAGAGGCGCUGUUCGGCGCAGGCCGCGACAAGAAGACCUGGAGAGGACCGACCUCGCCUUCCAAGCCGGUGACUUCUUGCCGUGGACAGACGGUUUCCAGCGGUUGCAAGGAGAGUUCGCAUUUGUCCGGCGGUUCACGCGACUCGCAGGGCUCGACGUUUCCGUCGCUGUCGUGGCCGGCUGCCUCGUCGUCUGCUGCGUCUUUGCCCACCUGUGAGCUUCCAGCGCGUAACGGGGAGGUCGACGAAGCUGCGGCCUUCGCUGGGGUGUCGAGGGAGAACGAAGGGCCUUCGCGCCUGGCUUCUCUCCCGAACGCAUUCGCACGAACCUCGUCCCUGCAGGGGACGCGGCCUCGACAAGAGGCUGCGAUUGGAGGUGCAACCUCAACAGACUCCCCCCUCGGCGACGAGAACGCGGAGGCAUCGCAGAACGCGGAGUCCGCCCCAGACCUUGGACGCAUGCAUGCGGCGACGCAUGCAGGACAUCGGGAAGAAGACGAGAAUCCGAUGGAGCGAAGAGGUCUCGGGAAGUUUGCUGGCGAGUGGUUUGGGCCGGCUACGGCUUCGAGUGCGGUCAAGUUGCUCGUCGAGGCGAUGCCCCAGACGAAGGACGAGUUGUACGUGUACGUGAACUCGGACGGCCUUCUCUAUCCUGACGAAAUUCUCCUGCACUGUCGAAACGUUGAUGCCUCCUCGAACCUGUCUGCGCUCGCCUCUGUGUCGAGCCCAGGGCGCGGCGGGACCGCCACCCCACAAUGCCCCGAGGGACACCGAGGAAGAGAGGCCUUUCACGGCAGAACUCCGCAUGCAUCCGUGACGCAUGCAUCGACGCAUGCGUCCGUGCAAUCAACGCCCCGAGGUUGUGCAAGCUGUUCUGGCUCGGGGGGGUUGUUUGGCGUCGCCUGCGAUUUGUCCGAGUCGCUGCGAGGACCUCAAAAAGGAUUCGCUUGUUCCGACAGCGAAGCGGUGGGGACCGGCCGAGAGACGCGCGGGCCUGCAGAGCUUGGCGAAGAGAGCGCCUCCAAGAGAGAGAUCCCGAGCGAUGAGACCUGCGUGCAUGCUGGACACACAGGAUGUCGCGCCUCUCUCCGGAGACGGCAUUCUCAGGAGCGGACGUCUCGAGGGGAUCUGCCCUCGUCGAUCGGGGGCCGCGCCGUUGAAGCGCAGAAGGCUCAGAAAGGGCGUCUCUGGCAUGUGUCAAAUCAUGGAGAACCCAGCGCGUCUGAGAACCUUUGGAGACCUGCGGGAGGAGCUGCUCAAACUUCUGGACAACCUACCGGGAACUGGAACAACGCCCACGGCGCGUCAGCACUAGAGGAGGAAUGGGAGGAAAUUCCUUUCUGCGGCUGCGCGUCGCCUCACGUGACGACGCGAGUGUCUCCGUUCGCCAGCCAGGGCGAUUUUUGUCUUCCGCCUCGAGCUCUGGCUGUGGGCGAGAAGGUCCGCCGUGGAGACCCUGCGGCAACGCCCGAUCCCGGCGAACCUUCGAAAGAGCCGCGUCCCCUCCUUUCGCUGGCGCCGACGCAGCAGCCGCCCCGCGGACCUGGCGAGAAAGUCCAAGGCAAGCGGAGUCCACCCUCGCCUUCUAACUGCAGAGCGUCGGCGCGGGCCUGGGGUGAGGAGACGGAAGGCUCGCAUGACCUGAAAAGGCCACCGUGGAACUCUGGAAAAGGAGACAGUGGGGGAGACACAGGAGGGGAAGAGUCCUUCGAGGCCGCGGAAGAGAUUCUGAGGAGACUGCUUCUGGACGAAGGGGCGCCGCGAUUGCGUGGGGACUCUGAGGACAGUCAUGGCGAUACCUGCACGCUCCCCGCGGGCGCGGGGAGGCCUCGUCGGGCGCCCCCGUCUCCACGCGUCCUCCCCGAAGAAGGAACGCCGCUUCUGGCGAGUGCAGAUCCGACAGCGUACACGAUUCUCAGCAGCCCCAGGGGCCCUCGCCCGGUCCACCUCCUGGUGAGCCGCGGAAGUUGGAGUGUGCCGUCCUCGCCGCGCCGCGUUAGGGGGGAGGAGACAGGGGCGACAUGUGGGGACGCGUCCGGCGCAGAGGAGCCUCAGCGGCUGGUGAGGAGAAGGCGGUGGGUGGACAGAGCGGACCAAGAACAUGAGAGCUGCGGUUCGAGGGAUCCAAGUCGAGCCACGGAACAGACCGAGGAGCGGACGCGAAGCGUCCCCAGGCGCGCAGGAGGACGGGGAGGCGCUGCGCGGCCGCGAGGGCGCUCGGCCGCAGGACGUCCACCGGGCGGGAAAUCUGGGGACCCAGGGAAGGCUUGCGGUUUACAUCCGGGGAGUGGAGGGGGAGCGACUGAAGGGGCAGCGACCCAGCCGCAGGCCGAUGAGGAUGGCUGGCGACCGGACAUGUGCAGUUCAGGAGUGGAAGCUGAAAAAACAGACACGGAAAAGAAGGCCGACAGCAUGCGUGCGAGAGAUGUGGGCGGCGAGGAUUUCGGCGCGUCCACUCGCGUUGGCGUCCUUCGGACACUCGAGAGCGCAUGUCGCCUGGACAUGAAAAGCGAAGCCAAGAAGGAACGCCGGCUGGCUUGUGUGCCGCGCCUGAUGGCAGCGACCCCCGGCAGAUCUGUCUCCGUGCAAUCCGGCCCAGGUGGCGAGGCCGAAGCGGUGGCGGCAGAGAGAGUCGCCAAGCUGCCGAGCUCCAUUUUGGGCGUGGACCAGUCGGAAGACGAAGAGCAAGAGAAGCAAGCGCUUGUUGUCUCCAGCCGUCCUUCCUGGUCUUCGCCGCAUCUGCCUCGGCUUCCGCUUUUUCGUUCUCGUUCGCUGUCGCUCUCUGCGUCGUUGGUCUCCCGCGGACCGCAGAAGGAGGGACGAGACACCAAACACAUUCCCGAGCGGCGGCUGCGAACGCCGCUGGAGGCGCGGCGCAUCGUGGAGUCGCCUCUUCUGGGGUCUCCAGCAGGGCCCUCGGCCGCUGCGGUCGCUGACGACGUUCGCGCAGAACUCUCAAACGUCUGUGUGAACGGUGUGCAUGCACGGCGCGAACCCGUUGCGACGCCAGUUUCUGACGACGGAUGCGGAGCUCGAGCCUCGUCCGCCGCGGCUGAGGCCCAGCCGCUCGACGACUGUGAAGAACGUCACGCUCUCCUCACGGGAUUCGCGAGCGCUACGCUGAGUCCCCACACCCCAGACAGGACGAGACGAUCGGGACCUCUAGUUCCUCCGUUCGUUCCGCGUCUGCGGGCGCUGCCGCUGUCGCUCGACGCGCUCGGCCGCGGCAACGGAGGGACACCCCGUGAAGGUGUGAGGCCUUCGGAGGGCCUCUGUCGAGUCGCCAGCUGCGAGAAGGCUCGUGACGAAACGGGCACGCGGGCGUGCAACGACCGCUUUGGAGAGAACGCAUGCGUGGAAGCAUUUGGCGACAGCUUCCCGGACGCGAGAGAGUGUGGGUUUCGCGAGGGCAUCUCGCCGAUGUGUUUCACGGCCUCGCCCGUGUUGAAUUCGAGUCGCAGCGAAGGCAGUGCAGCGCCGAGCGAUGGCAGUGCGACGGCGCGCUGGUGUUCCGUGGAGACCCUGCUCCCAGGCGCGGGAGAAGAUGACAUUCUCCUCGCGUCGAGUGGCCUCGUUUCCCACAGAAACUUCCCGCCAUCUCCAGCGUGUCGCUGUUGUCGCGCUGGAGCCGCGAGCAGCACUCCCCGCUGCAUCCAGUUCGCGGGCGAGGAGCGCGGCGACUUCGGACGUAAAGGAACCUCCCCAACGAAUAGAAAAGACGAGCGAGUGGACGGAAGAAGGGGAGGCGAAGCGGAAGACGAAGCACGGCAGGACGCAGACGACGGAGGCGAAAAACGGACGGAAGGGUGGAGGAAGGAACAGAGCGCAGAAACGACCGCGGCAGUGGCGGCAGGUUUGCAGAAAUCUGUGACAGCAGGAGCCCACACGUUCUCGUUUCGUGGAGAGGUCCGAGAGGCUGAAAGGAACGGAGGCACUCCAGGGCCAGGCCGCGACGACACUCACGCGGCUGACAGUGGCCGAGACGCGCAGAGACUCGGGACUUUCGUGGGCGAAGAGAGAGAUGACGGAGACAGCGCCUGGGUGUCCUUUCUCCCAUUCUGCCCCCAGAGAGGUAUCGCGUCCCCUGGCAACGAGAAACGAGAAGCUCUGAGGCAACGAAGAGAAGCCCGAAGGCCCUUGGGUGAGUAUGUCUGCGUCUGCUCCAGCUCCCAGAGAGACUCGCACCGGAGCAGCGGGGUCGGCGGCCGCGAGGCGGGUCGCCCUAGUGCAUGCGCUCCAAUCGCAUGCGAUGCACAUGCAUUUGGUCCAAAUGAAUGCGAUCCACUUGCAUUUGGUCCAAAUGAAUGCAGUGAACAACCGAGUAUCGAGGAAGGAGAGGAGACUGACGGGUGGCGAGAGAGGAGAAAGGAGAGACGAGGAAACUCAGACGGAGACAGAGAAACUGAUGCAACAGGAGCCAAAGCAAAGGCAGUGCAUACGUGUGUAAAGCCAGAGGCCCGGAACAGGUGGAGGGAUUUGCAUGCAGAAGCUUAUGAAAAGGCCGCGACAGUGCCUGCAGCAGAGGCAACCAGCGUACGCGGCGGGGAAGAGUUUCGCGCGCCUUCCCUCGUAGACGAGAAAGACACAGACGCGAAGGACGAGGAGGCGGAAGCGCCUUCAGUCGCGUUGGCUGCAUCUGCCGACGCCUCAGGGGCGUCCAGAAAGACUCGGAAUCGAGAGGAAGAUUCUGGUGAGACAGGCGAAACACCGGACGAGCAAAUCGACGAAACACCGGACGGAGCUGCUGUGGAUUGCCUGCGCGAUGACUCGUGUGCCGACGUUCCCUGGCGCCGUGGCUGUCUCUUGCUCUUCCCACUCACGCUCUGCAGCGGCGAGAAGAUCAAUCCGGUGUACGUACACUCGCUGUUGGCCUACCUGGAACUCCCGUGGUCCCUCGGGAUGGUCGCUGGCCGAGGCCAGCAGGCCUUCUACUGCAUAGGCACCCAGCAGAAGGCGCUGCUGUAUCUCGAUCCUCACUCAGGCAUUCAGCCGCCUGCGCUUCAGCUCCCUGCGGCGACGCCUUCGUUUUUUGCGGGGUCGUGCUGGAAGGUUUCCGAUGUGGCGGCGCUCAAUCCAUCCCUCGCCGUCGCGUUCUUUGUGCGGAACGAACGUCAACUGUUGGGCUUGGCGGCUGCGCUGAAGAAACUGGAAGAGGUCGACUCGUUUUCCAUGCUGCAAGUGGUGGAGAGACGGCGGCCGUUCUCCCCGCUCGACCUCGACGAUGUGCUGCAGAUGGAGGAAGUCGAGGAAGGUCUCUACUUCGGGGAAAGCCAAGGCGCGCAGGACAGCAGCCCCCAAGCAGCGCCACACAGGUCGGACGAACUCGAAGCUCGCCAGCGCAGCGCGCAUGCACAGCAAGGCUCGACGGCGAAAGUUGGCGAGGCGACGAGAGGCGCGAGAGGAGAGUUCGUGAAGACAGGCGGAACACGAACAGAAGGACAAGCCAAAAACGACCUGGAAGACGCUACAGUCGGCGGACGCGACGACGACGUGGAUCCGAAGGACGAUCCAGUCGACGACGGAGAAGAGGCUGAGACACCGGGGGACGCGGGUGAGAGUGGAGAUGAAGAAAAAUGUCCAACACAGGCAACGCCCGCUUCGUCGCUUCCGCGUCGAGGUUGUGGAGAAGGACCUCAAGCCUUCGCUGCGUCUUCCUCUCUCUCGGCUUUCGCGUUCUCGUCCUCUUCCAGGAGGUCGUUCUCAGCGCGCUCCUGCGUCGAUACGUCCGUUGCGGAAUCUCGCGCGCAGCCGCCAACGGCGACGGAGGAGGCCGCGGGCGUCCACCGAGAAAUAGAUGAGGAAGACGCGGCACUGGGGAGAGAGAAGACGCGCGACCAGAGCGUGGAAGGCGCUGCAGAGACACCCGGAUCUGGGAGGGUGAGAGGUGAAAGCGAGCAGCAACGUCUAGUUGCCCUGUCAGAACUGUCUCCUUUCAGAGACGACUCGCGCCUGGCAGUCGGCGUCAAUUCUGGAGACGCAAGGGAUUCAGGCGACGGUGAUCAACAGAGAGAGGAAGAGAGGAACGCAGGAGGGGAGGCUUGUGUGAACGGUCGGGAGAGGAAGGGAGGAGCUCUUGUUUGCAGCUGUGACAUGGUUGAGGAGAAGAACGGAGAGAGGGACGAAAGUCCGAGGGCGCAACUGUGUAUCGACGUAUCUCAGGCCGCGCUGGACGCCAACUCGGAACACAGUCGUGAUCGUGAAGAAGAGACAAUAGUUACGUUCUGCUAUGGCGAGUUUGAUCAGGGACAGGGAGUGGAACGGAUGUGGGGAACAGAAGCAGAAGUCGAGGGGACAAACGACGAGGAAGAGACAGGCGAGGAGAAAGCGAAGGAGAGACAGACGGAGACAAGGCAGGCGAUAGGGGAGGAGAGACAGGAGACACGGGAGGAGAAAGAGGAGGAGAGACAGAAGGCGACAGGGGAAGAGAAAGAGGAGGAGAAAGAGGAGGAGAUGGAGGUGGAAGGCAGAGGAACAGGCAGAAGCAAAGAGGGAACUAGAGCGAACGGGGAUCGGAACGACGUCGAGGUUCGGCUGAUCCAAGAAGAGUGUGACGAAGGAGAGUCGGAAAUUUCAGAAAGUUUUGACUGUCGUGGCGGAGAGGCGACGCGAGCGAGGGACGGUGCUUAUGUUGCUGCAGAAGUGGAGAGCGGCACAGACCGGUAAGGUGGUGAGUCACGUCGAGUAUUCUUCUCUUCUAAAAUGAGACUGAGCACGAUAUUCGAUGCUUCACAUGCAUUCAAAUGUCGGAUCAUUUAAGAAAUCCGGAUGCGUUAUUUUUUUGCCCCACACGUAUAUACAUACCCUUAUAUGUAUAUAUAUAUAUAUAUAUAUAUAUAUAAUAUACUUGCGUAUCUGUAUACGUGUCUUAUAUCUAUCUAUCUAUAUAUAUGCACAUAUGUGAAUGGUACGCUUUAUGAAGGCAGAUCAGUUGGGUUCUGUGUAGUGAAGUACGUUUUGUAUGAGUGUGGGGAACUCUCCGUACACGAGACGUUUCGUUUGUUUCGAGACAGCGCAUGCAACUCUGCGCGGCACUCGAGCGGCAGAUGCGAUCUGUGUUUGCAUCCAGCUCCUCUUUCCUCCUUUCCUGUGGAACGCAUUUCGCUCUGUAUGUGUGACGCCGUCAGCUGCGCGCGCCCCCAAGGUCCACUGAUUUCUGUGAAGACGCUUUCCAGGCGUUGCUUCGAUUUGCUUAUGUGCGCAUGCAGAUGACGGGCGGCGCCGCUGCCGUGGAUGCUACGUGCAGCGAACGAGGCAACUGCUGGUGUCUCUGCUAGCUUCUCUCUCUCUGAGCUCCUUUCUGCGACUUUCGGUUGAUCACGUCUUCUUUAUUGCUUCGCUGGCGAAUCGAACGGAACGAACCUGACGGCCUCCGCCGCGACGCUCGGAGUUCCGCGUCAGACGCAAAUCGAGGCCCCUCUGAAAAUCGCUAAGAAGACAACACGAAAAACUCCACGAAGGUGGUCUCUUUCUUGACGCAUAAAUGCGCAUAUAAAUAAAUAUAUAUAUCUAUACAUACAAACAUGC